AGAAAAGGAAGUUUUUAAUCUAAUCUAAUCAGUUACCAUUUUUGUUUUGUUACUCGCGCCUUUACGACGCGCCUCGUGUUCGCCAUGGAUUCUUUUUUUUCUUGACCUCACGCUCACCGAACCCCAGAACGUUUUGUUCCGGGAUGUACUGCCUUGACGAAAACACUGUUAUAUGAAAGAAGUUCAGCUAAUACGCUUCUCCUGUAUUUUAACAACUUUCAAGCUUUCAAGUUCAAGUUCAAGCCUAACUAGCCUGAAAUGCAGCUUUUCCCGAGAGCCGCGAUAUUCUGUGGGGUUUUGUCCCUCAGCCGGGCAUAUGAUCUCGUACGAGAGUACUCUGGUAUAACCUUUUUCGAUGAUUGGGAUUUUUUUGGGAGCUGGGAUAACCUAACGCUCGGCGACGUCUACUGGCUCGAUGAAUCGGAUGCAUUCUCUCAAGGUCUUGCCUAUGUGAACAGUGUUGGAAAUGCCGUCAUCAAAGUCGACAAUAUGCAUUCCGUACAGUCUCCCCAGAAGAGAAAUUCGGUUCGAAUAACGACGAAGGACUCGUAUGCGGUGGGAAGCCUUUGGAUUUUUGAUCUGGUCCAUAUCCCUUAUGGGUGCUCUGUAUGGCCGGCUGUGUGGUCGCUUGGUGGCCCAACAUGGCCAGAAGGCGGUGAGAUUGACAUCAUGGAAGCCGUAAACCUUAUGCCCAGUAACCAGAUGGCUCUUCAUACUACCACUGGCUGUUUUCACAAUAACACUCCCCCAAACCAGCUGGGAGCAACACUGGUUACCGAUUGCUCCACUGCAGCGGGAUGUACUGUUGGUGAACUCCAACCGAAUAGUUACGGAAGCGGUUUCGCGGAUAUGGGCGGAGGGGUGUUUGCUACGCAGUUUGACGUUGCUGGUAUAUUUAUAUGGUUUUGGAGCCGUCCUAACGUUCCUUCGUCAAUAAAUCAAUCCAACUCAACGUCUGGCAUCGACAUUUCUCAGUGGGGUCCUCCUUCCGCCAGUUAUCUCGCCGCAGGGCAGUGUAAUAUCACGGAAUUCUUUACGCCUCAGCAGCUGAUUCUGGAUAUUACUUUGUGCGGAAAUUGGGCUGGCCUGCCAGAAGUGUAUUUUCCCUCCUGUGGGAAUCAAGGAUCGACAGGAAUAUGUUACAACGACAAUGUGGUCGGUGAUGGGUCAAACUAUGACGAUGCCUACUUUGAGAUACCUUAUAUUCGCGCCUACACUACCGGUGGCGUAGCACCUACGCCUACCGCUUCUCCCUUUGAAAUUGUUUCUAAGGUUGACAUCAGUACUUAUCCAGGUUAUGGGAGUGUUACUAUACCUAUGUCGGCAAUCACUGCAACGGACACAUUAUUGCAUCCAAGUCCCAUGUUCGUCCCCGGAAAUGGAGUAUCUGCACGUGUUCCAAGACUAGAGAUGGGAUGCGCGGGAUGGUGGUUAGUGUCAAUUGUGGUGAUUAUGUUUAUCAGGCUACUUUGAUGAGAGAACGAAGUGCUACUCUGAACAAUGAACGAUCCUUAUUCCGAACUGCUGGUUUAAUGAUAAUGAUAUUCUUAGAACAGCUAUAUAUUCUGGACAGAUAGACACGUAUAUCUAGUAUACAUACUGUUUCAUCUCCUACUACAUACACUCUAUUUGAGAGUUUGAUCAAUCAUAUUUUUUAUACACACUUUGGACGUGCUAUUACUUGACUGACUCUCGAUUAUCUUCACAGUUCUCUUUCGCCCCCUUCCUGGCCUGUUCUUCUUUGUGAAUCCAUCUGGUUUCAUUCAGAUUCAUCAUCUAAGUGCGUCGUUUGUUGCACCGUAGUACUUAUAUGGCUAUUGUACCGUAAUCCAAUGCAAGAUCGACGAAGAUCACAUGGGCGAAUCGAAGCCUAGGUUACUUGCAGCUCCAAACAGUCUAGACAAUUCU